AUGACAUCGAAUUCAUUUUAUGGCAGCAACUCUGGUCUUCAGGUUGGGGUUAAUACCGGUCCCAUCAAUAUAGCUCUAGAGCGACCAGAAACUCCAACCAAACCGCUAUCGACCGUCCCAUUCGCGCAAGACCAGGAGUUUGUCAGUCGUGACGGACUGCUCCGUCAGAUUCGCGAGAAAAGCUUAAUCCUAGGCUCGAGGAUAGCGCUCGUUGGCCUCGGCGGUGUUGGGAAAUCGCAACUUGCUAUCGAAUACUCUCACCAGAUCCGAUCCCAGUCGCCGGCAACAUGGGUUAUCUGGGUGCACGGGUCUAACGAAUCCCGCUUCGAGCAAAGUUUCCGGGAUAUCGCAGACCAGGUCAAAAUCCCGGGUCGUCAGAACCCUCAGCCGAAUAUUUUCAAACUGGUCGAGAACUGGCUCCGGGAUGAGAAGAUAGGGAAAUGGGUGUGCAUCCUUGACAAUGUCGAUGAUGACCAGCUUCUUUCCAUAAAAAGCCCAGCAAACGCCUCGAGUAAACCACUCUUGGAAUACAUUCCUAGAAGCCAAAAUGGAUUUGUCAUCAUCACGAGUCGGAAUAGAGAGGUGGCCUUGAAGAUGGUUGACCACAAGGGCCUUGUUGAGGUUAACCCUAUGGAAAGAUCCGAAGCACUGGAACUACUCCAAAUAAAGCUAGGGGAAAACCAAGAAAGUGAAAGGCAAGAAAGUGAGCAGUUGGUGGACGUGUUAGAGUUCAUGCCGCUAGCGAUCAUACAAGCCGCCAGCUAUAUUCGAAAUCGGGCACCUCGCUGUUCGGUGUCACAAUACCUGACAGAUUUCCAAAAGAGUGACCGGGAAGCGACGAAGCUUUUGAAAAAAGAGGCAGGUCACAUCUAUCGGGACAGGGAAGCAAAGAAUUCCAUCCUGGUGACUUGGCAAAUAUCAUUCGAUUAUAUACGCCAGACAAGGCCAUCCGCAGCGGAUUUGCUUUCACUUAUGAGCUUUUUCGACCGCCAAGGGAUACCUGAAGACCUUGUCCGACAUCAACCUGAGGCCAACUACGGAUCAAGAUCAGCCUCUGAGCUUCCAAGUGACUAUAGUGACAGGGCGAUAUCUGAGUCUGGUCUAGGCCUUGAUGACUCCAGUGAUGGAGAGAUAUCCGACUCCGAUACCAGCCCCGAUUUUGAAGAAGACGUCAGUGACGGAGAGAUAUCCGACUCUGAUACCAGCCCCGACUUUGAAGACGACAUCACAACACUAAGGGAUUAUUCAUUCAUAACUAUCAGUGGGAAAAGCACCUUUAUGAUGCACCGACUGGUACAACUGACUACGCGUGCGUGGUUGGAAUCUCAUGGACAAAUCGACCAAUGGAAGGAUAAAUUCAUUAACACCCUUGAUGCCGAGUUUCCUACCGGAGAAUAUGAGAACUGGGAGAGGUGCAGGCUACUAUUUCCCCAUGUAAAAUCCGCGAUGUCACAACGGCCAACAUCAAUAGAGUUACAACGGCAAUGGGCUACGCUACUUUACAGAGGUGCAUGGUAUGCGUGGCGAAGCGGCAAUAUCGCGGAUACAACAAAAAUGGCAUCAAAAUCAACAGAGCAAAGAAUUCUUUUAUUAGGUGAUAAACACAAAGAAGUCAUUGACAGCAUAUCUAUGUUGGCAACAGCAUUCCGGCUUGGGGGUCGGUGGAAGGAGGCUGAGCCGCUCCAAGUUCAGGUUAUGGAGACACGUAAGGCGAAGCUAGGCGAGGAUCAUCCCGACACUUUGACGAGUAUGUCGAACCUCGCAUUAACGUUUUGGAGCCAGGGUCGGUGGAAGGAGGCCGAGCCGCUCCAAGUUCAGGUUAUGGAGACACGUAAGGCGAAGCUCGGCGAGGAUCAUCCUAGCACGUUAACGAGUAUGUCAAACCUCGCAUUAACGUUUUCCGACCAGGGUCGGUGGAAGGAGGCCGAGCCGCUCCAAGUACAGGUGAUAGAGACUCGUAAGGCGAAGCUCGGCGAGGAUCAUCCCGAUACGUUGACGAGUAUGUCGAACCUCGCAUUAACGUUUUGCGACCAGGGUCGGUGGAAGGAGGCCGAGCCGCUCCAAGUGCAGGUGAUGGAGACGAGUAAGACGAAGCUCGGCGAGCAUCAUCCCAACACGUUGACGAGUAUGUCUAAUCUGGCGCAUACCUGGAAAUCUUCUGGUCGCGACGCUGAAGCCAUCGAUUUGCUUCGAAAGUGCUUCGCCAAAAAAAAACAAAUAAUAGGCCUGAACCACCCACACACUUUGUCUGAUUCCAGAACAUUGCUGGAAUGGGAAUCCGAAACUCCUCAGCCGAAGGGGUUGGAAUCGGAAACAUCUCAACAAAAGGGAACAAGAAGUGCAGUCAAACGAUCCUAUCAGAAGCUGAUAGCAGACUUGAAGAGAAGAUAA